CAAUUUUCAGUUCUGCCUUUUCCCUUUCUGGAAGCAUCUCUCUGCACCGACAUAUCUACACCGACAUCAACUCUUGCAGACUAUAAAUUGAAAUCAGCAGAGGCGAAACAGCCCUGAAACGUGAGACAAACAUCUGAGAGGGUUUUCAGGUAGCAAUCCGUUUUUUCGGUAACCUUCUAUAAGUUUCUACCGGGUGUUUUUAUUUUGAGAUCGAGAAAAACAGAUUGGAGACGAAGAGACUAAGGCGAUAGGAAGACUUGCAGUAGUAGAUCAUGCGUUGUUGUGUUGUGAUUGAAAGAAAGACCGGACAGACGAAGACGAUAGGAAGUCUUGCAAUAUUAGAUCUUCCGUUCUUGGAAUCAAAAGAAGAAGGAAAGAGAUAUGGCAGCUGAAAAUGGCAAGAGAGGGAUAAAGAGGUUCUUAGAACCAUCUACCGGUGACAGAAUUGAUCAAGAAAAAUCUGAAUAUGGUCAUGUCAGAUCAAAAAGAUUGAAAAGAAUGUUUCAUCCAGAAAUUGCUGGAGGAUCUAAUGAAUGUCGGAAUGAAAUGCAAUUGAAAGGUGAUGAUGAAAACGCUGCUGAAGGGAUGGCAGCUAAGGAUGCCAAGAAAGGAAAAAAAAGAUUGUCAAAAGAAUCCACUACUAAGAGAGUUAAUCAAGGAAAAACUGAACGUAGUCAUGUUAGAUCAAAGAGAUUGAAAAGAAUGUUUCAUCCAGAAAUUGCUGGAGGAUCUAAUGAAUGUCGGAAUGAAAUGCAAUUGAAAGGUGAUGAUGAAAACGCUGCUGAAGGAAUAACAACUAAGGAUGCCAACAGAGGAAAGAAAAGGUUGUUAAAACGACCUAUUGCUAAGAGAAUUGAUGAAGGAAAAACUGAAUGUAGUCAUGAUAAAUCAAAGAGAUUGAAAAGAAUGUUUUGCCGAGAGAUUAAUGAAAAAGAUAAUCAAUGUCAGAGUGAGACCGAAUUCAGAGGUAAUGCUGAAAAUAGCGUUCAAGAUCAACGUUCGCGACUAUUUGGUCAAGCGUCAUAUCAACAAAACAGACAAGGGUUAACUGUGAAAUACGAAGACUCGGGGGAUAAUGUGUACUCAUGUAACCAUUGUGAUGCAUGCUUUUGGCUUGGAGAAGCUAUUAAAAGAUCAACUUCAAAUGCAUCAAUUAUCUAUACAAAUUGUUGUAGGAAAGGCAAAAUCAAACUUGAAAGAUCAAAACCAACACCAACUUUCCUCGAGCAUUUAUUGAAUCCAGACAAUGGUUCAGAAAGCAGAUCAUUCAGAGAAAACAUAAGAAUUUAUAAUUCAAUGUUUGCUUUUACAUCAAUGGGAGCAAAUAUUGACUACAAAAUAAAUAAUGGUUUAGGUCCUUAUGUUUUCAAAAUUAGUGGUCAAGUACAUCAUUUAAUGGGUUCUUUAUUACCCUCUAAUGGAGAAUCUCCUAAAUAUGCUCAAUUAUAUAUAUAUGAUACAAAAAAUGAAGUUUCAAAUCGCAUUAAUGCAAUUGAUCCGAAUCACAAUAAUGUAAAUAUCAAAUCAAAUAUAGUUGAAGGACUCAUUAAAAUGUUUGACCAAAAUAAUGAAUUAGUAAAAGAAUUUCGAACUAUAAGAGAUAGAUAUGAAAAUGGUUUCAUUCCUACAUUAAAUAUGACUAUACUUAAUCGUCAACCUACUGAUAGCAAACAAUAUGAAACACCAACCAGUGAAGAAAUUGGUGGUUUAAUUGUUGGUGAUAUUGGACAACAUAAUGCAAAUAAAGAUUUAAUUAUUGAAUCAAAAAGUGGUUGUUUACAACGUAUUUCUAAAAUACAUCCAAAAUACAUGUCAUUACAAUAUCCAAUACUUUUUCCAUAUGGUGAAGAUGGAUAUAAACCGAAUUUACUAAUAGAGCAAAUACCUGGAAAUUCUAAAAAAAAAAAGACAACGAAUAUCUAUGCGAGCAUACAUUGCGUAUCAAAUCCAAGACCGAAAUAAUGAAGUAAAAACUUU